AUGAAGGGCCAGGAUAUAUGGUUGCGUAAACUUGCCGUAAAAUACGGCACCGGGUUCAUCCCGAACAACCAGAUACACCCAACCGGUCCCACUGCGCUGAAGAAUAAAUCAGCUCAACUCAAUAAGAAACGUGCAUCUCAAGUUACUCUCGGAGAACUAGGCCUAUGA